AUGAAUUAAUCAAAUCUCUUGUACCAACAGAGCAAUUUUACUCCAAUACAAGAGUUAUAGGCCAUUAAUGAAUUAGAUUAUGAUUAAGAAUACUUGAAUACUGGUUUCAGAGGAACAUACAAUAGUCCAAAUUUAGUAAUUAAGUCAUAAAUGGACACUCGUAGAACAAAUGAGGUUGAUUAAUAUUCUAAUUAGGCUUUACUUCCAGAAUGGACGAAACGAGCUUAACGUACUGGUGUUAGUUUAAUGGCAUUCUUUUUUGUAAAGCGAUUUGUUUAGAAAAUACGUAGGCAUAAACAAAAAUUACAAAAUAUAAAUGAAAGUCAUUUAUAAUUGAUUGAUGAUUAGGGAUCUGAUAAGUAAAUAAACAAUACAAUAAUAGUUAAGUCAUGCUUACAUAAAUGAAAUUUGCAAGUCCAGUAUUUUAAAUUAGAAAUGUCUCUAGACUUUUUAGGUAAUAAACAUUAGUGAAUCCAGAGAAUCCAAUAUUUUCAAAUGUAAAAGAAAAGUAUUAAAUGUUGAGGAAAUAUACAUAUGAAAAAUUAUCAAAAAUUCCUUAGUUCCAUCCUGAAAGUCCUAAUAAAUUAAUGUGGGAUUAUUUUAUAACAAUAAUUAGAUUGAUAUUAUUGAUAUUAAUACCACUUGAAAUUGCUUAUACUCCAGGUAUUUUGUUUGUAUAGAUUUUACCACUCACUACUUUACUAUCAUCUUUAUUACUUUUUGAUGUCUUAAUUAGAUUAAAUACUAUAUGUUAUAUAAAAGGACAUGCUGUUUUGGAUAGAUUUGAAAUAGUACGCUAAUAAAUAUUUAGUGUUUUAUUUAUAGAUAUAUUAACAAUAGCACCUUUAUUUUAUUUUUGUAUUCAAAAUGGAGAAUAAAUAUCAAAUUAUUAUCUAAUUAUAUUACUUACAUCUUUGAUGUAAUUCAAACAUAUUAGUGAAGUUAUACAAAAGAGUGAAGAAUCACAAUACUUUAGUAAAUCAUAAAAAGGAAUUAUUAGUUUAUUAAAACUAAUUCUAACUCUAAUGUAUAUAUUACAUAUGUUCUCAUGUAUUUGGUAUUUUAAUUCUAAUUUGAGUGAUGAGUCUUGGAUUUAAUCAAAAUAAUUAGAUUAAUAAUCAUGGUAAAUUCAAUACCUAGAGGCAUUCUAUUUUGCUAUUGUUACAAUGCUAACAAUAGGAUAUGGAGAUAAUGUACCUAAAUGUUCAAAUGAGAAAAUAGUAGCAAUCUUUUUCAUUAUGGGAGCAUGUUUAUGGUUUAGUUAUAGUGUUAAUACAAUUGGUAUCAUUAUUAAAGAAAUCAAUUAAAAUAUGGUUGAAAGAAUUAAGAAAAUAAGAGUUAUUAAUAGAUAUAUGCAUAAACGUAAAAUUCCUUAUGGACUCUAAUAUAGGUAUUCAUUCUAUCUAUAGAUUUUAGAAUUAGAGAAUAUCUUAAUUUCAGAUGGAAAGAAGAAGCUGAAAUAGAUCUUUAAUAAGAAGAAUAAUUAUUAGCUGAAUUAUCAGAGGAAUUAAAAUAAGAAUUAAGACAAUAAUCAAAUAGUGUAUUUUUUAGUCAUUGCUCCUUUUUAUCUAGUAAUUUUAGCCUAGAAUUUUAGAAUGCUCUAUCUUCCCAUAUUGCUCGAAAUAUCAUAUUACCUUAAAAUACUUUCUCCAUCUUUACUCUCUGUAAUAUUAAAUAGCCUCAUCUCUGCUUUGUUGAAUAAGGUCAAUUACAAUACCUUAAUAGACAUCGUCAUUCACUCAAAGGAAUUCAAAGUUAGGGUCAAUUCCUUUAAGUCUAGGAUUUUGUCUCUGAAAAUGAAAACACUCAAAUCUAUUAAGCCAUUGGUUAUGUUAGUCUUCUAACUCUUAGUAAAGUAUAUAUUUUAAUUAAUUAUUAGAGUGACUUUCUUUCUGUUUUAAACAAUUUCCCAAAAGAUUAUUAACAUUAUUGUCAACUCAAAGACAAUAUUUUAUUGAGUAUUCAAAAGAAAUAAUUACCUUAUGGAGUCUAUUGUGCAGCUUGUAAAUAAAAUGAUCAUAAUCUAAUUGGAUGUCCUUAACUAAAAAUAACAAUAGAUCGUGAAGUUGUUGUUAAAAGACACUUAUAUUCUAAACCAUAAGAAAGAAAUAAAUGGAAAAGAUCCUCAAAAAGAACUAAAGAUCUUUUUUAGACAUUACCUGAUUUAGAUAUAAUAGAAUAAUUUACACUUUAUUUUCAAAAUGAAAAAUAAAAAUUAAUUAAAUCAUAAUUACAAUAGUAAUUAGUAUUUGAUUAAGAAGUUGAUGAAAAUCCUAUGAAAUCAGAUGAUUACAUUAUUGCACCUUAAAGUCUUGAACCUAAUAAAUAGAUCCUUUUAAGAAAGUCAGAUUCCAUGUAACUUUCAGAUAACUUUUACUCUUCUAAUAACUUUAUACCAUAACCAUUAAGUCCAAUAAAUAGUAUGAUUCAUUCCCAAAAUCAAAGACGUAAAUAAGGUAUAAUGGAUACUUAAAACUCAUAUGAUUAAAAUAUCUAAUUAAAAAGAGUGUAAAAUCAAAAUGAUUUAGAACUUAAACCUCCUACUAUUAAUAAAUAUAAUACAGCUAAAUUAUCAAUGUAUAAAAAGAAUUAUUUGAGUAAAUACUAAUAAUAAUAACCUCUAAAAUCUUAAUUAGAUGUUGAAUAAAAUUAGUUAACAGAUUUUAAUGAAAUGAUGCAAUAGUAAAUUGAAUAACUAUAUCUGAAAAUGAAAAAGUCUACUAAUAAUGAAUAAUUAGAUAAUAUUAAUUCUAUUUUAGAUAUAGAAAUGCUUUAUUUAUAAUUUAAAUCUGAAUAAGGUUUAGAUUAAUUUGAAAUAGUAAAGAAUUAUGAUCUAUAUAUGGUAAGUAAUAAUAUCAAUAAAGUAUUAUAAGAACUAAGAAAUAAAUCAAUUAGACAUUUUAAUUACAUGAAUAAAUUAAUUUAUUAUAUGUAUUUCCCAUAUGAUUAUGUUAUGAAAUAUUAGAAAAUUCAAUAAAGAGAAAGAUCAAUUAAAACUACUAAAAACCCACCUCGAAAACCUGGAUUAUCAAUAUCAAAGAUUGUAGAACUUAAAAAUGUAUUUCAAAGAAAGCGUUUCACACCUCGUAGAAGUAUUAAAAUUAGUUAAGUAAAUCCAGAUUAAGAAGGAUGA